AACUUAUUUUGACAUAAACCAGUAUGGUAUCAUUUACUUUUGAGCACGGUGAACAUUUACAUUGAAAUUAAAGUGCGCGACUACAAUAGAAAUUAUUAUAUGAAUAACAGUUGUGUAAUAUUUACUAAGCAGUAGGAUUAGGAGUAUCAAAAUCUGUAUAAGAUUAGAUUUGAAAUCAUGUCGCAUGAUGAACAACUUAAAAAUACUAGAUAUAGGAGCUGGGUCAAAGCAGGACUUGGCCUUAAAUACUUAAGAUUUGGCCUGGCUCCUUUUGUCGACAAUGCUAUCAAGAAUCAACACGAUGUCAUGCUUCAAGACAUUGAAAAGAACUAUGGUGCAAAUAUACGAUGUGGCCACUGCAAGCUCGAAACUCUUAUGCCUAUUCAUACUUCUGAUCAAAACAACAAAUGCCCUUUAGGACAUAAGCCAAGUUGCAACUGUAGUUCUCCGCGGGGAAAAGUUCUUUGUAGUACUAGACUUUGCAGCGCUUUUUACGACAAACUGAUAAUACAACAUCGAUACUUCUCUCCAAAUUGGAAGAAUACUGACAUCACGCAAUGGUUCGACAAUCAUUGGCAGAUUGCCAAAACAUGUAUUCCAGCAGGAGGAUAUGCAAAACAAAUUUCAGUCAGAGAAACGGACUGUGCUGGGCUUCUAAAUAUUAUUAUCAACAAUAGCAGCAUACAUAACCUACUGGACACGGAAAUUGAUGCACCGAAUGAUAUUUUUUCAAAGACAAGAAAAGCAAGAGACGAUAUAUUCCAUUCAUCCAAUCUGGAACUUGAUGACGCCGAACUGGACAUGAUCCUUGAUAAUAUGACAGCUAUACUAGAAGAUAAGGCCCAGAUAAAGGAUAUGCCAGAAGCAGCUGAUGCAAGGAAAAAUAUAACACAGUUGAGAAGUCAGAAUUUUGUAGUCACUAUGUAUGAUGAGGCAGAGAUUAGAAAGAACGCAAUGGAUGCCCUAGAUGAGAUGAAGCAAAAUGCUUUAGACUUGAUCUGCGAAAAGCAGAGACAAGUUUUAGAAGAAAUACAGUCUUGUGGGCUUCAACAAAGUACGGCAACUGGUGCGAUAGAGAACAGAUUAGAAAGCACAGAAAAUACACUAAAGUUACUGCAGGAUAGACAAACUCAAGUAGAAACUUCAGUGGCCAAUUUAAAAGGAAGUCAUCUGCAACUUCUCGAAGAAGUGAGAAAAAUAAACCAGGAAUUGGACAAAAUAAAAUCAGAUGAACUUUACUCGAAAGCAAAAACGAAACACGAUGAAGUAUUGCAGCAUAUUGAAGAAAAGAAAGCUCUUCAAAGAGACCUGAUUCGCCUUUAUAACAAAUACUACAGUUGUGUUCCAGUACAUCAUCUGAUGCAAGAGAAUGAGAUAGACGUGAAAACCUAUGUCAAACCAGAAAUGAGAAUACUUCGUUCAAAACACAUUGAACAAAGUAAUAGUAAAAUAAACAUUACAUCAUACAAAGAUAUAUUUGCUUUAGAAGGAAAACGGCAUCAAAAUAUAUACAUAAUUGGUGAUGCAGGAAUAGGAAAGUCAGUGUUUUGUAAGCAACUUAUUGAUUCAUGGUGUAGAGUACAUGAGCAGAACCAAGAACAAUGCGAACUUGAUGUCCUUAAUGAAAGUAGCUUUGCUGAAAUAGCUAAGGAGUUGAAAACGUUCGAGUUCCUCUUCUUCGUUUCUCUGAGGCAUUGCAAAGAAGAAAAUCAUCUACACGAGAUGAUAAAAAAUCAGCUUUUACAAACUCGACGUUACAAAGACCUUUUUGACGAGGUCAUUGAGGAAGAACCUGAUAAAUGCUUGGUAAUUUUAGAUGGACUUGACGAAUGGAAGAACAGCAGUAAGGCGGUGGUUCCGGAAAGAAAUAGGAUGGCAGAUUACACGAUUAUCUCCACCACCCGGCCAUGGGUUCUUGAAAAGCAUCUCCUGAAAGACACAGAAAUAGAUAUAAUCCUCGAAAUGCGUGGUGUUGGUCCUUCGUCAGCAGAGAAGUUGGCCACAAGGAUGAUUCAACAUUUGAACAUAGUUUUCAAACGUAAUAGGCUAGUAGAUUCUUUCGAGAGGGAAGUGCUGAUGAAAGAUCUCAGUGAGCUUAAAAGUAUACCGAUACUUUUACAGCAAAUGGUUUGUGUCUGGCAUGAUCUAGAGACACUGGGGAAAUCACACUGUGAUAUAUACAGCAGUAUGCUUAAUCUAUUGAUUCAAGUCGCUGAACAAAAUGAGAAGCUGAAACCAGUUAUCCAGCUACCUUCAUCAAAUUUGCUUCCAUCAUGUAUGCAAGAUAAGCAAAAGUGCAGAUCACACCAACAGUUGAUAUUAUCUCUUGCGAAGCUGGCCUUUCAGACAUUGUUCUCUAAUCAGCAAGAUUCUUUGCUAGUUUUUCCUAGCUCUCAGAUGGACAUAUGCGGUAUGACUACCACAGAGAUUGACCAGUGUCUGGCUGUUGGAAUUUUGACACAGAGUGAAGCUGUUGGUAUCUCUGCUGUAACGAGGUACAAGACUAUAGCAUUUAUACACAAAACUUUCCAUGAAUUUCUAGCUGCGCUCCAUAUAGCGACCCAGUGUAGCAGAACGUCAACAGAAGUACCAAGAGAACACUCGGAGGAAACGUUUGCAAUUAUUUAUGACAGAUGCCGGACGUUCCAUGAAAUAUUAUCAUACUCCAUGGUAUUCAAAUUUUUAUGUGGAAUGGAUCCUCUUGUUGGAAAGAUAAUUUCUAAACACGUCCAAACAGUUGUCAUUGAAGAGAGGAACCAGUCAGAUAAUAUAUCGUUGUCUUUAACUUACAGCAAAAGUAGAUUUUCUACAACAUGUCGACGUUUGAGCAAUGAAGUAAACGAAUGCAUUCAUGGAAUAAAUGCGCUCUUCUUGAACUGGAUUGAAGAGGCCAAGAAGUGUGGACAUGAAGAUAUACAACUUGUGUGCUCGGAGAUAACGGACAUUGAACUAUAUAAACAUGUUGAGUCACAACAAGUGAAAACAAUAUCAUUUUUCUGUGUAUUCCUAGAUCGACCUUUGCUCCAAACUGAACCACUGACAGGUUUGCACAUGACAGACUGUUAUUUACCAAUAGAAACCAUAGGGGAGCUUAUUGCUCGAUCCAAAAAAACGCUGACUGCGCUGAGCUUCCAUCGCUCUGACAUGACAAGUAUGAGUUACACUCAGGUAUACAUCAAACCUUUAUUGAACGCGCUAUGUGGAGUAUCAUCUUUGCAGUCUGUUUCGCUCAAAAACUUAGUUCUUGACCAUAGUUCCGUACAAAUUUUUGUGUCAAUCCUGACAAAUCUAAAAAGGCUCAAGUCUUUGUAUUUGGAGAACGUGAAAUUCUCAAGCUGUAACGAUCAAUCUGACUUUGCUGACCUGUCCAUAUGCAAUGAGUUAGAGCACAUCCACACAUUUCGUUGCGAUAUUAAGUUUGAUGUACCUCCUCAAGUGAAAAUAAUAUGCACAGACAAACCAGCACUGCAUAACACAGUUCAUGUUUUAUGUAAAUGCAAAAAUCUAAAUGUGUUUUCAUUUAUUCCAUCUUUAGAAGGUCAUCAAGAAUUUAACAGUUAUUUUUACAACAAUGCCGCUGUUAUUUCAUCAAUAACACUUUCUGUGCCAACAUUUAAGUUCCUUAAACAUCUCCAGAUAUCAUGUGUGGACUUCAGAAAACACAUACUUAAAUUAGGUCCAGACUUGGAACACUUGUUGACCGUCGAUAUAAACAACAUACUUAUUAAAGAUGACGUUCUCAAGACAUUUUUAAGAAGCUCAUCAGGUGUGUCCGAGUGUAAUUACAACAUUUCGGGACAGUUUUGUGAUACAGAUUUGUUCAUACGAAGGUUGAAAAUGACAUUCCAUGAUGAAAAAGAAGAAAAUAGAUACUGUUAUGGUCUAAAGAAACUCUCCAAUGAAACUCAAAAUCUUGUGCUACAACUGAGAGACAGUCAGAAAUUAGUGAUUUUACACGUGUUUGAGCAAUACUGGCGUACUAGGGCAAGAGCUAGUCUUAUUGAUGAGUGUGAGGUGGUUUACAAACAAGCAGAUUAUGGUUGAUCUAAUUGAAUUGCGGGUUGUGGGUUUGCUCCCUGACCGCACCACACCUAAGAUUGAUAAACGGUACCAGUAACCAAGUUUGGCGCUCAGCAUUAAAAGAGAAUUUGGCUUCUGUUCUAUAAUACACCCUUGGUGAUUGAUACCAUCAUGAAUGAUAUGAAAGGAGAGAUUAGUAUAAGUUGAAAAACUCGUUUCACAAUCGAUUCAAAAUAAAUUAGCAUCAACUAAGUAGUGAAAUAUUUGCAUUUUAAUGUUAAUAAUUAAAUGAUUACAAAAUGUCCUCGUCAGUUGUUUUUGGUAUGUGACUGAGGGCAGAUUCAACUGUCUGAGGCUGCACAAUAAUGUACUUAUGAAAUUACUUAAAUUUUGACAAAGUUUUAAUUAAAUAGAAAAUAUAAAUUAUGCUAUAAUUGUGAAUUAUAAAAGAGAAUCGCUGAUCAUGAAAAUCGAAAAGAUUUAUCCUGAUUGCAAGUUGUUAAGCAAAGUAACGUUUAUUAUCUCUUGUUAGUACGGUUUACUUUUUCGGACAAUUGUGAUUGCAAAGAAUAAAAGCUGGCAAAACAUG